CAUAAUGCAACGCAGUUUGCGCAGAGUUCAGAGUAAUGGCGGCUGUGCUGGAGCAGCUCACGAGACUCACGAAAUGAAGCGACGGAGGGACGACUGCUGCUAACAGAGGGCCUUUAGAGGGGUUUGCGGGCGUGGGAUCGCAUCGAGAGGUGCACACUUGGCAGCGGUUGAGGACUUUGAUCGGUUGAGCGCGAUGAUAAAGCUCAAGUCCGACCAGACGCGCACUUACGACGGAGACGGCUACAAGAAGCGCGCGGCCUGCCUGUGCUUCAGGAGCGAGCGCGAGGAGGAGGUGCUGCUGGUGAGCAGCAGGAGUCAUGCGGAGAGAUGGAUCGUUCCUGGAGGAGGGAUGGAGCCGGAGGAGGAGCCCAGUGUAGCUGCUGUCAGGGAGGUGUGUGAGGAGGCAGGAGUCAAAGGUACAUUAGGACGAUUGGUAGGCGUUUUUGAGAACCGGGACAGGAAGCACAGGACGUAUGUCUAUGUCCUCAUCGUCACUGAGGUCCUGGAGGACUGGGAGGAUUCAGUCAAUAUUGGGAGGAAGAGGGAGUGGUUUAAGACCGAAGAUGCCCAGCGUGUGCUGCUGUGUCACAAACCUAUGCAGGCGUCUUACUUCGAAGCCCUUCAGCGGGACCGCACGACCAGCAACGGCACGUCUCUGGUGUCCACCUACAACACCAAUCACAGCUCUCUCUCCAGCCUCAGAUAACCAGCACAGCAAACACAGAAGCCUCGGCCAAGCUCUCCCUCAGUCUCCACCUGUUCCUCACAGACUGAACUCCUACUGCAAAUACUAUCACCUUUUUUCUAUUUCAGCGUGUUAAUGUCUACAUCACAUGAAAGCUGAUUGCCUUACCAGCCUUUUUUAGUGUUCAGAUGAAGAGCACAGUAAGAAAUACUUGCAUGAGUCCUAAUGCCAGGUUUACUGAACGCAACUACACUUUACUCUUGUGUCUUGAAAUAAGUAGAGUUUCAAGAGAAAGCUGUUUGUACUGAUGUUUGCCUCUAGCCUCUAUUGAUAUGCUGUUAUAUAGAGUUGGUAUUCAUAGGCUUCGUUCUUUAAACUGCUACACAACAGCGCUCACUCUUGAAUUGAUCAAAGUCGUUGAAAUCGUAGUCUUAUUGCCAAUAUUACACACUCAUGUUGGGAGUUUCUCUCAAAAAAUAAAAGUUUGUUUACACAAUAUAUACUUGUGUAUAUUACUUAUGUAUAUAUAAAUACACACACAGUAUAUAUUUUCUAACAUAUUUACAUAUUUGUAUAAUUAAUAUAUACAUGUGUGUGUAUUUACAUAGAGAUAAUAAAUGUACACAGCACACACACAUGUUAUGUCAAUAAUAGUGUGUUUUGGAUGCGUUUAAUGGUUUGACCGCGCUAGUCCUAAUGUUGCUGGGCUUUACUGGUUUGGUAGCGCACUGCUUGCCUGAUCAAGAUCGUAGGAACGUCUUCGUCUUUGGGCUCUAGUGUGGUGCUUUCUCUGGCUCUGCAAUCCCAGAUGUGAGAAAGCAUUUAAAGAAGUGGCGUAAUGUUUCCUGUGUGCACUGGUUUUGCUGUGGUGCAGGAUUUAAUGCAAGCGGUCAAACACAGGACCGUCUCAGCAGCGGUUGAUGUCCGAUUCUUCUUCUCUCUUACCGUUCUUCUCUGAGGCUUCGCCAGCAGUGUUCAUAGCACAGUGGCAACCAGUUUCUCACUUUUAGUUGUGAUGAUCUCAGUUUUGUGUGUGUCUGCUCAUAAACUAUAAGCAGUUGUGUAUGCGUGGGGAUCUGUGUGAAGUAAUGUGAAUAAUCCCAGGACUUGAUGCCAAGGUUAGCUGUCUAGCAGAUGAACUGCCUCUCACGCAAGAGGGUGGGUUUAGUUUGAAAUGUUUACAGCUUGAUUGUAGUUUCUGUUCAGACACUGGAUAUUCACUUCGACUGUUAAUGGUGCCAUUUCCUUUUUGAAAUGCACUUUUCUAGGUCUUAAACAAUUUAGUCUGUCCUAAUUAUAAAUGCUUCUUUUUUAUGAUUAAUACGAUUGUCACUUCAAAUGCGAAUUGUUAAGGUCUCGAGUAAACUUCUCUCAGCAGUAUUUCAAUGUUUUGUUUCUUCUUCUCUUAAAUCAGAAAGCACAAAGGUUAGUUUAUUGUGGUAAACUUCUAAAAUGACCAAAUCUAAAAUGUUCUCCAUGGGCUAAAACAGGACAUCUGUCCCGUGUUAUUGUAAUAAGAUUAGUUAGCUGAACCCAAUCCAGAGCUGGUCCUCCAGUGUUUGUAUGAAAUGCUUCUUGUUUUUCAGUAGUGAACUCAAACCUGUGGCAGAGGAUGCUGAUGCAUAUGAUCAGUUUCUGCACAUUUAUUGCAACCAUUAAUGCAAUCUAAAUAAGCGAUGACCUGCGAAUCACUUCUCUGCAGCUCUAAUAACAGACUUGUCCUUCAUUUGUAAAUGCUAUGUUAUGAAAAGAAAAAAAAAAUCUUGGAGUUUUUACACUUACUCAAUUGUUGGUGUUGUAGUAACAUUUAAAGAAUCUCAAAGUCGUCCUUUUCUAACGUUUCAAGCACACUGUUUUUACUCUGUAUCACUCUGCUGUGUCUGAUAUUGGGGAAAUACAUGUUGACCCAAGAUUGUGUAACAGUUGUGUCAACAGUCUUUAAAUAAAAGCUGAAAAGCUUC